UGGUAAGGUUGUGAUUGUCUUUUUGCUCAACUUUUGCUAGUGACUGGCGGUGGUGUCAAAUAUGUAAAAACGUCAAUAAUUUUAAAAUUUUGUAGGAUCAAGUUGAUUCAACAGAUGUGUGCGUACAUUAUCGUCGGCUGUGAAUUUGGGUGACACAAUAAAGGAUUCUUAUUAGAAUCACUUAGAAAUUAAAAUUAAAAUGUUUUCGAAGUGUUUCCUGUUCAUUAUUUUGUUAGUUCAUGUUAUUACUGCAGGAGAAGUUGGGGACAGAUGUAUUCCCAGUGAAGAUGUGGAGGACGGAGUAUGCACCCUCGUCACCAAUUGUAAAGUGGCCUUAAGACAAAUAAAAGACAACAACUAUCACUCAUUUGCAAGAUGUGGAUUCGAAGGAAUUACAGAAGUGAUGUGUUGUCCAAGCACAAACGUCAAAUUUGUUGAUGUUACAGGUGAAACGACGGAAUCACCCCGUAGAGUUGACGAUAAUAAUGGGAACACGCGGGGCAGCAAGAGAAAAGCGGAUGAAGAAUGCCAGAAGAUCAUCGCGUCGAGUAAACCACCGCUGGAUCUGCACAUUAUAGGCGGCGAGCAAGCUUCUCUCGGGGAAUUCCCGCAUAUGGUGGCUCUAGGGUUCGAAGGUCAGUUCGGCUACCGCUUCGAUUGUGGAGGCUCUCUCAUCUCCAACCGCUUCGUACUUACAGCAGCGCACUGCGUGGACACACCGGACAGAGUAGAGCCGUCCGUGGUGCGCAUGGGCGUCACGGAGCUAGGAGACCCGCAGUUUAACUCCGAAACCGACGCACGAGUCGAGGCGAUAUACAAACAUCCCAACUACACUCGCAGUCUCAAGUACGACGAUCUGGCGCUUUUGAAGCUAGACAAAGCGGUGCAGUUUGACACGACGCUGAACGCGGCGUGUCUCUACACCAGAGACACGGACCCCACCACCGCGCUCACCAUCACGGGGUGGGGCACCACGAGCACCACCAAGGACGCACGCAGUAACACGCUGCUAAAGGCGAACGUGACUGUCGUGUCCCGAUCAAAGUGCAGCGAAUCCUACACUUCUACCAAAUGGCGCAAGUUGCCGAAUGGCAUCUCGGAGACGCAGGUCUGCGCUGGCGACCCCGACGGCCUGAGAGAUACCUGUCAGGGCGACUCGGGCGGGCCGCUGCAGAGCCUGUCGGAGCCGGACGGGCAGACGCGCCUGGUCGGCGUCACGUCGUUCGGCCGCGGCUGCGGCUCCGCCGUGCCCGGCGUCUACACCCGCCUCGCGCACUACCUCGACUGGAUCGAGGGCGUCGUCUGGCCCAGAUAAACGACCGAUCUCACGUGCCGGCAUAUACUCUGCCAACCAAGUCUGUCAGUAACAAGCGCGGAUCCAGCUUCGUGCCCAGGGGGGGGGUCACGUGGUAAAGGCCCAGGCCCCGGAGGGGGGGUCACGUGGUCUAUUUGUAUGGCCAACCUAGGACCCCCCCU